AUGGUCCUCGACCGCCUCAAGCAGAUGGCCGGCCAGAUCAGUGGCCAGGGGGAGCCGCCGUACCCCAUCGACCCUCUCUCGGAGGUUGAGAUUGAGAAGGCUGUUGCCAUCAUCCGCAAGGAGCACCCCGACCUUCACUACAAUGCCGUCACCCUCUGGGAGCCCCGGAAGUUGGAGAUGCAGGCAUGGUUGGCCAACCCCCAGGUCAACCCUAGGCCUAAGCGGAGGGCCGACGUUGUCUGCAUUGGUCCCGGCAGCAAGGUGUAUGAUGGUAUCGUCGAUCUCGAGGAGGGGAAGAUUAUCUCAUUUGCCCUGACCGAUGGCGUGCAGCCUUUGAUCACCAUGGAGGAUCUUCAGAUUGUCGAGUCCAUCGUGCGGCAAGACCCCAAGGUCGUUGAGCAGUGCGGAAUCCUCGGCAUUCCCGCCAACGAAAUGCACAAGGUCUACUGCGAUCCCUGGACGAUCGGCUACGAUGAGCGCUUUGGCAACAAGGUUCGUCUGCAGCAGGCGCUGAUGUACUACCGCCCGCACGUCGAUGACUGCCAAUACGUCUAUCCCCUGGAUUUCUGCCCCAUCUUCAACGCCGACACCAAGGAGGUCAUCCACAUUGAUGUCCCCAAGGUCAGGAGGCCGCUUAACAAGGCUCCUCCGAACAACUACCACGCUGCCUCGAUUGAGGCCGAGGGCGGUUACAGGACGGAUCUCAAGCCCAUCAACAUCACUCAGCCCGAGGGCGUCUCUUUCACCAUGGACGGCCGCUUCAUCAGCUGGCAAAACUGGAAGCUGCACAUUGGCUUCAACUACAAGGAGGGUCUUGUUCUCUCCAACGUCACUUUCAACGACAAGGGCAACGAGCGUCCCAUCUUCUGGAGAAUAUCCCUCGCCGAGAUGGUUGUCCCCUACGGCAACCCCGAGCACCCCCACCAGCGCAAGCACGCCUUCGACCUGGGAGAAUACGGUGGCGGCUACAUGACCAACAGCCUGUCCCUGGGCUGUGACUGCAAGGGCGCCAUCCACUACAUGGACUUCGCUUACGUCAACCGCGCCGGCCAGGCCCAGACGGUCAAGAACGCCAUCUGCAUCCACGAGGAGGAUGCCGGCAUUCUGUUCAAGCACACGGAUUUCCGUGACGAGUCGGUCACCGUCACUCGUGCCCGCAAGCUGAUCAUCUCGCAAAUCUUCACCGCCGCCAACUACGAGUACUGCAUCUACUGGAUCUUCCACCAGGACGGCACCAUUCAGCUCGAGAUCAAGCUGACGGGUAUCCUCAACACCUACGCCUGCAACCCUGGCGAGGACCUUCACGGCUGGGGAACCGAGGUGUACCCUGGCGUCAACGCCCACAACCACCAGCACCUGUUCUGCUUGCGCCUGGAUCCCAACAUCGACGGUCCCAACAACACGGUCGUCGUCGCCGAUGCCGUCCGCGGCGAGGGCGAGGUCGGCUCGGCCGAGAACUUCUACGGCAACGCCUUCUACUGCAAGAAGACCAAGCUCACGACCCAGGGCGCCGGCCACAGCGACUACGACGGCAACACGGGCCGGACGUGGGAGAUUUGCAACCCCAACAAGCUGAACCCGUACAGCAAGAAGCCCGUGUCGUACAAGCUGGUGUCGCGCGAGGUGCCGCCGCUGCUGCCCAAGGAGGGGUCGCUGGUGUGGAAGCGCGCGGGCUUCGCGCGCCACGCCGUGCACGUCACUAAGUACGACGACGAGCAGGUGCACCCGGCGGGCCGCCACGUGCCGCAGACGUCGGGCGAGCCCAGCAUGGGCCUGCCCGCGUGGAUCGCCGCCGACCCCCACGGCUCCAUCGACAACACCGACAUCGUCAUGUGGCACACGUUCGGCAUCACCCACUUCCCCUCGCCCGAGGACUUCCCCGUCAUGCCCGCCGAGCCCAUGACCCUGCUGCUGCGGCCCCGCAACUUCUUCACCCGCAACCCUUGCCUCGACGUGCCCCCCAGCUACUGCAGCGUCCCCAGCGGCGUCAAGCAGGGCUCCACCCUCGUCGACAAGCUCUCGCGCUUGGCUUUCGACGAGAAGAAGGAGGGCGGCUCGUGCUGUGCGAAGUAG